AUGGGCAAAUGGCGUUAUGGUGUCGUCCUGGACGCAGGCUCGUCUGGGACUCGCGUACACGUUUAUCGAUGGCUACGAAAUGCCGCUGCACGGAAGAAAGCCGACGCGGAGGAGUUGAAAUCACUACCGGAGGUUAAAACGAAGGAAGAAUGGACCAAGAAGAUACGCCCAGGUGUAUCUUCGUUCGCCGACAAGCCCGAAUUGGUUGGAACUGAUCAUCUUGCCGAACUUUUGGAACAUGCCAAGGGAAUCAUCCCCGCCGAAGACGCCAAGGAUACCCCCAUCUUUCUCCUCGCGACUGCGGGUAUGCGACUGGUAGGAAACCUCGAGCGACAAGUACUACUUGACAAGAUCUGCUCAUAUGCCCGCGACAAUACGGAUUUCCUGCUUCCCGACUGCGGUGUGCAUAUUCAGGUGAUUCCGGGUGUGACCGAAGGACUUUACGGAUGGAUUGCGACCAACUAUUUGAUGGGGGCUUUUGACGCACCGGAGAAACAUGACCAUGGGAAGGGACACCACACCUACGGGUUUCUCGAUAUGGGUGGCGCAUCUGCUCAGAUUGCAUUCGCCCCGAAUUCUACCGAGACAGAGAAACACGCCAAUGACCUCAAAUUGCUACGAUUGCGCAAUAUUGAUGGAUCCGCUCAGGAGCACAGGGUGUUUGUCACUUCGUGGUUGGAGUUUGGCGUGCAUGAAGCCCGGAGACGCUACCUGGAAGCUUUGCAGACUGCCACAGGACCGGGAAUUUUAGAAUUACCUGACCCCUGUCUUCCCAGUGGAUUGCGCACUACUCUGGAUGGAAAGGAGAUGGCAUUGCAAAGCGAGGCGGAUCCUUAUCUACUUGGAACAGGCAAAUUCGACGAAUGUUUGCGUCAAACGUACCCUUUGCUGGACAAGGACGCUCCGUGUGCAGAUGAGCCGUGUCUGUUACACGGAAUGCAUGUUCCAGCUAUCGACUUUGAUGUGAACCACUUUAUCGGAAUCAGCGAGUACUGGCACACCACUCACGAAAUUUUCGAAAUGGGAUUCAAGGAUAAGGCUUACGAUUUCAACACCUACCAAGAACGAGUUCAGUUGUUUUGUUCACAAGACUGGGACUCCAUCGAGCAUGGUCUCGAAGCACAAAAGUGGGGAAAGAAAGUUGAUCAACAAAAGGCCUACGAAGUUUGCUUCAAGGCAUCAUGGAUCAUCAACAUGCUACAUGAUGGGAUUGGAGUACCUCGUGUGGGACUGGAGGAUACAACAAGCUCCUCGCACAAUGGCACUAAAGAAGUACUGGCUCACGGAAAAGAGAAGGGAUAUCUGGACGCCUUCCAGGCAGUCAACAAGAUUGACUCGACUGAAGUGAGCUGGACCCUGGGCAAGAUCGUCUUGUAUGCAUCUUCCCAGGUGCCUUUGGAAGUUGAAGAGGCCCUUCCGGUGGGCUUUGGUAGCAAUGUUCCCGGUGUUCCCAACGACUUCCAAUUCCCUAGUGUCCAGCUUCUGCCGGACUCUGACGGCUUCCACAGCGAACAUUGGCAUGAUGCGCUAUUCGACGGUGACUCGCCGCGUCGGGUCCCAGGAUUCAUCCUCUUCAUGCUGAUUAUUGUCAUGGUCGGAUUCUUCUUAUGUGGACGCAGCCGCCGUUCACGUAUUUUCAACCGGGUCGGUAAUGCGCUACGCCGCGGUGGACCAUCGCACCCCAACCAUCCGAAGAAAAGAAAGGGACUCAAGGCGAUGUUACCGUUCCUCAGCCGCAGUGCUCCCUCCUAUGAGCGUGUCCUCGAGGACGGUGCCCAAGACUUCGAACUUGGUGUGACUGAUUCUGACGGAAGCGAAGAUGGCGGACGGCUCUCUGAAGCCGACUCAGCCAGACUGGGACCCCCGAAGCGAGCAUCCAGCUGGGGAAGCAACAGCAACACUCCAAGCUUCAAAUACGCGUUAGACAACAGUUCGACUGGGACGAUUGGCCUUGGGAUCAGUGGUGGAGGCUCGGGCAUAGCAAUGGAUCGAGCAGGCCUGGUAGUCAGGACUGAGAGCAGGGACCAUCUGGCCCCAGUUGCUCUAGGACCCACCACCAACGGUCGACGAUCUCGAGCGGGCAGUCCGACAAGAUCCCUCCACCAAAAAUCACCUAGCAUGACACCCCUCGCCGACGACUAA